AGGUUACCUAGAGUAUGAAAUAAUACAGACUUGGAAACUCCGAAAGAACCUUGAAUCAGCAAUUUGAGAGCAGAAACUUGGGCAUGCUGCCGUGACUGUCCAGUAAACCGCCACCACCAUGUCCAGAUGCCGUCCCCAGAACAGCACCGCAGAGAUGGUGACCAUUGAAACGUAAGCUGUGCUAGGACAAAGCGCAAUGACAGAAACACUGGACGAAUGAGAAGCCCUGCUUUGCAGCCCCUCAGCAUGGCAGGCCUGCAGCUCAUGACCCCUGCUUCCUCACCAAUGGGCCCCUUCUUUGGACUGCCAUGGCAACAAGAAGCAAUUCAUGAUAACAUUUACACACCAAGAAAAUACCAGGUGGAGCUGCUGGAAGCCGCUCUGGACCACAACACCAUCGUCUGCUUAAACACUGGCUCAGGGAAGACGUUUAUCGCAGUGUUGCUCACCAAAGAGCUGUCCUACCAGAUCAGGGGGGAUGCCGCCGGGAGCGGACGGAGGACGAUCUUCUUGGUCAAUUCUGCAAACCAGGUUGCUCAACAAGUGUCAGCCGUCAGGACCCAUUCGGAUCUCAAGGUUGGGGAGUACUCAAACCUAGAAGUCAGCGCAUCAUGGACGAAAGAGAAAUGGAGCCGGGAGUUUGCUAAGCACCAGGUUCUGGUUAUGACUUGCCACGUCGCCUUGAAUGUUUUGAAAAGCGGCCACUUAUCACUGACCGAUAUUAAUCUUUUGGUGUUUGACGAGUGCCACCUUGCGAUCCUAGACCACCCCUAUCGAGAAAUCAUGAAGCUCUGUGAGAACUGCCCAUCCUGCCCUCGCAUUUUGGGACUGACUGCCUCCAUUUUAAACGGGAAAUGUGAUCCAGAGGAGCUGGAAGAAAAGAUUCAGAAGCUGGAGAAAAUUCUCAAGAGCAACGCUGAGACGGCAACUGACCUGGUGGUCUUGGACAGAUACACGUGCCAGCCGUGUGAGAUCGUGGCCGACUGCGGGCCGUUCUCCGACAGGAGCGGGCUGUAUGAACGGCUGCGGCUGGAGCUGGAGGAGGCCCUAAGCUUCGUCAAUGACUACAACGUCCCUGCUCACUGCCGAGAGAGAGACUCCACCUUCAUUUCCAGACAGAUACUCUCGGACUGCCGCGCGGUGCUGACGGUGCUGGGCCCCUGGUGUGCAGACAAGGUGGCGGGCAUGAUGGUGCGGGAGCUGCAGAAGUACAUCAAGCACGAGCAGGAGGAGCUGCACCGCAGGUUCCUGCUCCUCACGGACACGUGCCUCAGGAAGGUGCACGCCCUCUGCGAGGAGCACUUCUCGCCCGCUGCCCUGGACCUGCGCUUUGUGACGCCCAAGGUCGUCAGGCUGCUGGAGAUCCUGCGCAAGUACAAGCCCUACGAGCGGCAGCAGUUUGAGAGCGUCGAGUGGUACAAUAACCGCAACCAGGACAAUUACGUGUCCUGGAGCGACUCCGAGGACGAGGACGAGGACGAGGAGAUGGAGGAGAAGGAGAAGGCCGAGACCAACCUCCCGUCGCCCUUCACCAACAUCUUGUGCGGGGUCAUUUUUGUGGAACGGCGGUACACGGCCGUGGUGCUGAACAGAUUGAUCAAAGAAGCGGGCAAGCAGGACCCGGAGCUGGCUUACAUCAGCAGCAAUUUCAUCACUGGGCAUGGCAUCGGGAAGAACCAGCCUCGCAACAAGCAGAUGGAGGCUGAGUUCAGGAAACAGGAAGAGGUCCUUAGGAAAUUUCGAGCCCAUGAGACCAACCUGCUCAUUGCAACCAGUAUCGUAGAGGAGGGCGUGGAUAUACCGAAAUGCAACUUGGUGGUUCGUUUUGAUUUGCCCACAGAGUAUCGGUCCUACGUUCAGUCCAAGGGAAGAGCCAGGGCCCCGAUCUCUAAUUACAUCAUGCUCGCAGAUACGGACAAAAUAAAAAGCUUUGAAGAAGACCUUAAAACCUACAAGGCAAUUGAACAGAUCUUGAGAAAUAAGUGCUCCAAGUCGGUGGACACCAGUGAGACCGACAUUGAGCCUGUUGUGGACGACGACGAUGUUUUCCCCCCAUACGUACUGAGGCCAGAUGAUGGUGGCCCCAGGGUCACCAUCAAUACAGCCAUUGGACACGUCAACAGGUACUGUGCCAGGUUACCCAGCGACCCGUUCACUCACCUGGCUCCCAAGUGUAGGACCCGAGAGCUGCCGGAUGGUGCAUUUUACUCCACUCUCUACCUGCCGAUUAACUCGCCUCUCCGUGCCUCCAUUGUUGGUCCACCAAUGAGUUGCGUCCGGCUGGCCGAGAGGGCUGUGGCUCUUAUCUGCUGUGAAAAACUGCACAAGAUUGGUGAGCUGGAUGACCACUUGAUGCCCGUGGGGAAGGAGACAGUGAAAUAUGAAGAAGAGCUUGAUUUACACGACGAAGAAGAAACCAGCGUUCCGGGAAGACCAGGCUCCACAAAGCGAAGGCAGUGCUACCCCAAAGCAAUUCCCGAGUGUCUGCGGGACAGUUACCCUCGGCCCGAGCAGCCCUGCUACCUGUACGUGAUCGGCAUGGUCCUGACCACACCGUUGCCGGACGAGCUCAACUUCAGGAGGAGGAAGCUCUACCCGCCUGAGGACACUGCCAGAUGUUUUGGCAUCCUGACAGCCAAACCCAUCCCUCAGAUCCCGCACUUCCCUGUGUACACUCGCUCGGGCGAGGUCACCAUAUCGAUCGAGCUGAAGAAGUCUGGCUUCACCUUGUCUCGCCAAAUGCUUGAGCUGGUUACGAGACUCCACCAGUACAUCUUCUCGCACAUUCUGCGCCUUGAGAAGCCGGCCCUCGAAUUUAAGCCAACAGACGCCGACUCAGCAUACUGUGUCCUACCUCUCAACGUCGUCAAAGACUCCAGCACUUUGGACAUCGACUUUAAAUUCAUGGAAGAUAUUGAGAAAUCUGAAGCUCGAAUAGGCAUUCCCAGUACAAAGUAUUCAAAGGAAACUCCCUUUGUGUUUAAAUUAGAAGAUUACCAAGACGCUGUUAUCAUCCCAAGGUACCGCAACUUUGAUCAGCCCCAUCGGUUCUAUGUCGCGGAUGUGUACACCGAUCUCACCCCACUCAGCAAGUUCCCAUCUCCUGAGUACGAGACCUUUGCUGAGUAUUACAAAACAAAGUACAACCUGGACCUGACCAGCCUCAGCCAGCCCCUGCUGGACGUGGACCACACGUCUUCCCGACUGAAUCUGCUGACGCCUCGCCACUUGAACCAGAAGGGGAAAGCCCUUCCUCUGAGCAGUGCUGAGAAGAGAAAAGCCAAAUGGGAAAGCUUGCAGAAUAAGCAGAUCCUGGUCCCAGAGCUGUGUGCUAUUCACCCGAUCCCCGCGUCGCUCUGGAGGAAAGCCGUGUGCCUCCCCAGCAUCCUCUACCGCCUCCACUGCCUUCUCACCGCAGAGGAGCUGAGGGCCCAGACGGCCAGCGAUGCCGGCGUGGGCGUCAGGUCCCUGCCCACGGAUUUUAGAUACCCAAACUUAGACUUCGGGUGGAAAAAAUCCAUCGACAGCAAAUCUUUCAUCUCAGUUUCUAACUCUUCAGCCGAAAGUGACAUCCACUGUAAGCACAGCACAAUGGUAGGCCCUGACCAUGCUGCACGUCCAGGUGCUCAUAGAACCCCCCCUCCCGAGAACCACGACCAAAUGUCUGUGAGCUGCAGAGCGCCCCUCCGCGAGCCACCGGGUAAGCCCCCCACCGACGCCCCGACGGACCUCAGCGCAAUGAACGGUCUCUCUCACAGCAGACCCCUGGCCAACGGCGGCUGUGAAUUAGCUGACAGAGACGUUUGCCAAGGACAUCAGCCGAGUGGCCGCCCGCAGGAAGUCCCUGUACAACCACCUACCUCACACCCCAUUCAGAGUUCAGACCAUUCUGAGAACCAGCCCAAGUCCAGCGAUGACUGUGCGCCCCCGGGUCACAAGAACCUGGAUGGAAACACUAGCCAAUCUACCUCAGAUGGACGCCCCCUGGGAGGGGCCAGGGGGCUCGGCGGUGCCCGCAGGGGCAGGACGGAUUCCGAGCAGGACCCCCCCUCGGCGGCUAGGUAUUCCUCAAGGACCCUCGGCCCCAACCCUGGGCUCAUUCUCCAGGCUCUGACCCUGUCCAACGCCAGCGACGGCUUCAACCUGGAGCGGCUGGAGAUGCUGGGCGACUCCUUCCUGAAGCACGCCAUCACCACCUACCUGUUCUGCACGUACCCCGACGCCCACGAGGGCCGCCUCUCCUACAUGAGGAGCAAAAAGGUCAGCAACUGCAACCUGUACCGCCUGGGAAAGAAGAAAGGCCUGCCCAGCCGCAUGGUGGUCUCCAUCUUCGACCCCCCUGUGAACUGGCUCCCCCCGGGCUAUGUCGUCAACCAGGACAAAAGCGGCACAGACCAGUGGGACAAAGAUGACAGGACAAAAGGCUGCGUGCUGGCCAACGGCAAAGUGGGCGAGGAGCAGGAGGAUGACGAGGACGAGGACGAGGAGGAGGCCCGGCUGUGGAGGGCACCCAAGGAGGAGGCGGACGACGAGGACGAGCUCCUGGAGUACGACCAGGAGCACAUCAAGUUCAUCGACAGCAUGCUCAUGGGCUCAGGCGCCUUCGUGAAGAAGAUCUCCCUCGCGCCCUUCUCAGCCACCCACCCGGCCUACGAGUGGGAGGUGCCCAAGAAGACCCCGCUGGGCAGCCUGCCCUUUGCGCCUGACCUCGAUGACCUCGACUACAGCGCGUGGGACGCCAUGUGCUAUCUGGACCCCAGCAAGGCUGUGGAGGAGGCCGACUUUGUGGUGGGCUUCUGGAACCCGUCGGAGGAGAGCUGCGGUGCCGACGCGGGCAAGCAGUCCAUUUCCUACGACCUGCACACGGAGCAGUGCAUCGCCGACAAGAGCAUCGCCGACUGCGUGGAGGCCCUGCUGGGCUGCUACCUGACCAGCUGCGGGGAGCGGGCCGCCCAGCUCUUCCUCUGCUCCCUGGGCCUGAAGGUGCUCCCGCUGGGCUCCCGGGUGGCCUCAGCGGCCCGACCCCCCACCUCAGGCCUGCGGGACCUGGAGUAUGGCUGCCUGAAGAUCCCCCCCAGAUGUAUGUUUGACCACCCAGAUGCUGAUACGACUCUGAACCACCUGAUCUCGGGAUUUGAAAACUUUGAAAAGAAAAUCAACUACCAUUUCAAGAACAAGGCCUACCUACUCCAGGCGUUCACGCACGCCUCCUACCACUACAACACCAUCACUGAUUGUUACCAGCGCCUGGAAUUCCUGGGAGAUGCGAUUCUGGACUACCUCAUAACCAAGCACCUUUACGAGGACCCGCGGCAGCACUCCCCGGGGGUCCUUACCGACCUGCGCUCCGCCCUGGUCAACAACACCAUCUUCGCCUCGCUGGCUGUCAAGUACGACUACCACAAGUACUUCAAGGCCGUGUCGCCCGAGCUCUUCCACAUCGUCGACGACUUCGUGCAGUUCCAGCUGGAGAAGGACGAGAUGCAGGGCAUGGACUCCGAGCUCAGGAGAUCUGAGGAGGAUGAAGAGAAGGAAGAGGACAUUGAAGUCCCCAAGGCCAUGGGGGACAUUUUUGAGUCGCUCGCUGGUGCCAUCUACAUGGAUAGUGGCAUGUCGCUGGAGACGGUGUGGCAGGUGUACUACCCCAUGAUGCGGCCACUGAUAGAAAAAUUCUCCGCAAAUGUGCCCCGUUCUCCUGUGCGAGAAUUGCUCGAAAUGGAGCCAGAAACAGCCAAAUUUAGCCCGGCAGAGAGGACGUACGAAGGGAAGGUCCGAGUCACCGUGGAGGUCGUGGGGAAGGGGAAGUUCAAAGGCGUCGGCCGGAGCUACAGGAUCGCCAAAUCUGCCGCGGCAAGAAGAGCCCUCCGCAGCCUCAAAGCGCAUCAACCUCAGGGCCCCAACAGCUGAACCCCCCUUUUAAACGGGAACACAAAACAAGCCCUGUUAAAAGGAGAGGGGAGGUCAUUUAAUGCAAGCAUGGUUUUACAGUCGACAUCAAACAGGAUGAAUUGAAGAUAGAAUCGGAAAGUUUGACAAGACAGCAGAAUAAAACCUUGAACAUAUGUAUAAAAUUUUUGGAACUAACUAUAGUUUUAGUUUUUGCGCAGACACAAUCUUGUGUUCUCUCCUCAAUUCUGCUUUCUCUAAAUCACAAGAGUGCUUUAAUGCUGAGGUUUAGCAAGUGGACAGCAGUCCUAUGGACAGGUGUUUGGUUGUGCAGUUCAUUUUUACCCCUCACUCAGUUUACUCUGGUCCUCUAUGCUGGGUGUUUUGGAAGGCCACCGGGGAGCUUCGACCUGGAAUAGCCCCUGGGUUUCUGUCGCCUUGCCCAGGGGGUUUGUGCAGCACCCCCCACCCCAGGGGUUGCUCCUCGGACUGGAACGGCACUGUUGGUCUGCGCGGGAGCUAGCCCGCCUUGAGGUCGGUUUUCUCUCUUGAGUUUCAGGGUCUAAGCAGCUUCCCCUCCUGUCGGUGGCUCGGGACAGCUUCUCCAUGGCCACUGGCUGGGUGUGGUGGUGAAUCAUGUUUUGGUUUUCUGAUGCCACGUAGUCUUGAAUGUUUGAAGGGUGGGGAGGUUCUUGCCUUAAAAGUAAAACACUUGUGGCUGGCCUUCCCUCUAGCCCUCCUGGAACAAACGGUUGUACAGCCAGCCGGCCAUUUGAUGCCUCGGGCAGCCGCGGGGACCUCCAGGAUGUUUACAGCUCUCUGGUCCAGCUGUCCUCCAGCUUAGGAUGGGCCCGGCUGCCCUGUGUGGGUCAAAGGCGUUUGAAACUCCAGACUCCAUAGUCUAUGUAUUCUUUUUUUUUUACCCAUAAUAAAUACAAUCUUUGGUUUAAA